CUUAAUGUCUGUUGCCGCCAAGCGAGGCUAUUUAGAAGUAUGGAAGUGUUGAGCCUCUGGGCCUAUGAUUAUUGGCUAUGCCACAGUAUCCUUCAUGAUGGAUUUUCUUCUGCCUAGUUUUGCUUGUUCCUUCAAUUCUGCAGCGUGGCUUAGAUAUUCGAUUUAAAAGUACUGUAUUUCAGUGUGCUGGCCUUGUUCUCUCACGACCACAUCAUACAGCCCUGUUGCAUCGAAGGUUAUUCUGGCAGCAGAAGAUAAACAUGAUUACUCGUCGUACAGACAGCAACCCAGCAGGGGAUGGAAUAUCAUUCUCCUUUUAUCACUAUGACCCGAGCAUGGCAGGUGCCGUUGUCUUCAUCAUUCUUUUCGCAGGCACAACGCUCUUUCAUAUCUACCAGAUGGUCCGAACCCGAACUUGGUUCUUUCUCCCUUUUGUGAUUGGCGGCAUAUUCGAGGUACUCGGAUAUAUUGGGCGCGCCAUGUCCAGUCGGGAAUCCCCGAAUUGGACCCUGGGGCCGUAUCUCAUCCAAACCUUGUUCCUACUCCUCGCGCCAGCCUUGCUCGCCGCUUCAAUAUACAUGUUCCUCGGACGAAUUAUAUUAGUUCUACGGGCGGAGUCGCACGCAAUCAUGAGAAAGAAAUGGUUAACUAAAGUCUUCGUGACGGGCGACGUGCUGUCUUUCCUCCUGCAAGGCUCUGGCGGAGGUAUCCAAAGUGGCGGCACCCUUGACAGCAUGAAGCUAGGAGAGAAAAUCAUCGUCAUCGGGCUUUUCGUCCAGAUAUUUUUCUUUGGCUUUUUCAUCGUCACGGCAGGCUCAUUUGAUAUGAAAUUAAAGAAAUAUCCUAUUCCGCGAUGCCACUCCGCCGAGAUCCCCUGGAGGAAGCAUAUGAAUGUGUUAUACGCGUCAAGCAUGCUGAUCAUGAUCCGGUCUGUAUUCCGCUUGAUCGAGUAUCUGCAGGGUAAUAAUGGGUAUCUCCUGCAUCAUGAAGUUUUCCUCUACGUCUUUGAUGCGGUCUUGAUAUUGAUUGCCACGGUGAUCUUCAAUAUCUGCCACCCUAGUGAAAUUGGGCUGCUGCUGGCCAAUGAAGCAGAUUAUGAACUGAAAGACACGUAUAGUGGCGUGCCGUAA